UAAAGACCCCUGAGAACGCUUAAAUUGGUUUCUAGAAAGUGAGCUUAACAGAAAUAAAACGAAAUCAUUGCCGAGCAAAGUUCUAUCUGAGAUGUGUUGCUACUUUUUAAAAAUUGAGACAAAUAUGAACAAUGUAGAUUGCAUAAUACGCGCAAAAGUUGGGGUUCCCGCGUGGCAUUCAUAGAAGAAAUCCUUUAUAUCGGAAUUUUGUUUCCUCACCGUAAUCGUUUAUUUGCCGACAUUCAUUUCUUAUCUUUCUUUUUUCUUGUUUGGAAAUUCCUUUGUCGCUGACUUCCUCCGAUUACGACUAAAAUUCUCAUCUUAAAUAAUUCUUUAGAAAAUAAUCUUGAAGCAAGUAUCCAUCGUACGAAAUGUGACUAUUUCUCGUCCUGUGAAGUAAGGUUACUUUCCAUCUAUUCAUAUACACGUGUAGGUAUAUAAGUACACCGAAGAAUUGGUCAUUUACAUUUGGAAAUGAAAAAAAAAGAAGGAAAAAAAAAGGAUUAUGUAUAGGUACAUGGGUUGCACCUCAUCCAUUUUGGUAUGUUGUAUGGCUUGAAAUAGAGAGAGAGAGAGAGAGAGAGAGAGAGAGAGAUUGACAAUGUCUACAAUCACCUACUUGAUAUGCAUGGGUACAACACUACAUUAUAUAAUUAUAUGUGCAUGUAAAUUAAGGGAGAUCGACCUUUAUCAAUAUCUAAGCCUGGUCGAAUUAUGAUAUGUAAAGGUCGAAAUCGAAGUAUGAAUUUUUAAAGAAAAUUUUGAGAUCCGUCCCUGCUUAUAUUGCAGAUUAUCAUUAUCACAUACAUCAAGUAUUACCGGCAUUCAAUUAGGAAAAGGCAGCGCGCUCAUAAUGCUUAAUCAAUAUCUAAAUUGCAAUUGUACCUGUAAUUUCUUUUACGAAAUCCAAUCAGCAUUCAUCUUACAUGUUAUAUUUGACGAGGACUUGUGGGCCAGUCUUUGGAAUGUAAUUUUUCUUUGUAAAUGUACAUACAUGUAAAAACUGCUAUGAACGAUGCAUCCGAAGCAUGAUGCCCUACAUAUUCGUUCAUACACGUAUUGAAUUUGAAUGAGACUUUACCGCGUCAAAAUUUUGACAUGAUAUUCCAAAUCAAUACCAAAAAAUUAUUUUCAACGAGAAUUUAACAGUACUUGAGCCACCCAUAAGAUUUUAUAAGCGCUAAUUCUCACAAUCUGUUCAAAAAUGCUUGACAAAAAACUUGUUGAAUAAUGUUGGCGGGUGGCAUGUUUACUUGAGCCCACUCUUCUCCCUCAAACACGUUGCCGUAAUUGCAAUGUUGUGUUGGAAUCGGUUCCCACCGCGCGCGGCGCUGUACCGGGGUCCGCUAAAGCACGGCCAAGUGUGUAUUGGGGGCCAGGAACACCUGGUUUUACUCGUCUGUUUGGGGAUUAUCGAUCUCAAGGUGUUUUGACAGUUCGAUGAAUUCUAGAUAAAUAUAAAGAUUAAUCCCGAUUGAACCCUUCUUACACCCGUAACAAGACAACAUCUUUCUUUUUAAUUUCAGUGGACCCCCCCCCUCCCCCAAAAUCCCACCCCACACUUAAAAAAAAAAGACAAAGACUGAAAUGUUAAUUUCUCUUCUCGAAAAUUUUAUUUAAUUGUACUUCAUUAAAUAGUCCUUUUCUAUUUCGAUGUAAGCAUGCUGCAUUGUAAAAGAUUAUUUCAUUCCAUUUCUUUCCUUUCCCAAAGAAAUUAAUUUCACUUUUACUUUUCAAAUUAAAGACCAGCGUGCUUUUAGUUCAGAAGUAAGCAUCUGCAGCCAAAACCACAACUCUAAUCCCUGGAUUUAGUAAGUAAGGGAUAUGGCGGUAAUCUUAGCGGGUUGAGAGGGCGGUCUGCCACGGGUGACACAAUAUGGAUUUUUGUACGUCGGAUUUUCAUACCCGUCAUUCAGUUUUAGUGUUUUCACUGGGAGAGAGAUCAACUUUUCUUGGGAGAUCUGUCGAGUUACAAACAUCCUUAGAAAUUUUGGAAUUCGUUGAUAAAAUAUGAUUUAGGUAGAGAAGGGGGGGUGUGUGUUACUGCGCAAGCUACCAGAGUAUCAGGAGUUAUUAGUCUCCUCUUCAGACCAGAAUAUUUUAGCCACUUUGUCGUAAAAACAAAACUAAAUAAUCUACGAUUGUCACAAAUAAAUGCUUGUUAGCUACUUAUGGUACCUAGCCCACUAAUAUUUCCUCCUCUUCUUACACGAUCAUUGAACUAAAAGUCCCAGAGCCGCUUUUUAUUAUGACGUCACAUUUGUGACGCAGAGCAUGAUGUAUGUGUACAUUUCAAAUGAUAAUCAUACCAGUCAUACACGGGUUUGAAAGGCUUUGAUUAGGGGCCUAAUAAUGACUCAGAAUACUGAUACAGAGAAAUUACACAUUCGACUACGAAUGGAUCCCAAAGAGAGAUUUCCAGAGAAGGUGUACGAUGUAGCGAAUGAUGGAUAUCUGAUUUCAUGGAAUGGUUGCGGUGACGGCGUUGUUGUGAACGAAAACGAGUUCGAAAGGAAAGUUAUGAGAUGCUAUCCUGGUUUUGUGAGAAUAUCAUCUUUUGCCAACUUAAGGCGUUUGUUCAGGGAGUAUGGAUUUAAUUGGGAAAUAAUUGAUCGUCCUGAGAAACACUCUUACACAUUCGAAUUUUCUCAUCAAAGCUUUCAACACGGACAACGUGAUAUGUUGUGUUGUAUACAGACCAGACGUAAAUCAUUUAAUAAACCAGUGCGUGUUCUGUCUAAUUUUCACGACGAGGUGGCUGAAAUAUCCGCCCUCUCACGUACAGAAUCGGAAGGGAGGCUGGUGACACGAACCAGUUUAGGACGAAUCAAGAGAGUGAAUUAUGCAGACUUGCAACAAACCGAGAAAAAGAGAUGUUCUUUGUCAUCAGAGAGCAUCCUAAACUCUGAGAGUCAGACGGAAUCAUCAUUUGUAACAGACAACGAAGAUUCGGAAUCAGCUGAUGACGUCAUUGAGUGGGACAUACGGGAACAACAGAGGAAAUUCGAGUUUGAUUUGCGUGCGCGAGACUUUAUGAAGUCAUUUAUAAAGAAUGAAUUCACAUUUGAUGAAUUUUGUAUUUGGGUAGAACGGAAUCAGCAUGUCUUCAAUAAUUACGAUGAAAUUGACAGUAACAGAAAUGAUUAUAAUAGUGACAAUGCUGAAUCUGAGAGGCCUUGUGGAUCUUGUGCAUGCUGUAAAUCUGUCAUGUUUUUUCUACCAAGUUAGAAUUAUCAAAUUAUGUAGCCACGGCAGAUCGAAAUUUGCUAACCAACAAUAUACGUGCCUUUAUAUACAAUACAUGUAUUACUAGACUAGUGACAGUGCAGUAGUGUGCAUUUUGGUAGACGUAUCCACAUAAAUAUUGUAUUCAAUUAUAUGUUGGUUUUCAAAUGAAUUUGAUUAAUCUA